GUUGGAGAUGGGAAAAGCCAUUCACUGAGAAAUUCAAUGGAAAGGUGAACGGCAGUGAUGAGACGCUGCUGAGAAGUGCAGGAGAGUUUGGAGAGAGGCUGCAGGGUCCUCUGAGUUAACUGUCUGGAAAACGAUUCACUGAGGAGAGGAUGAUGUCUGACGCCAGUGAGAUGUUGGCAGCAGCCUUGGAGCAAAUGGAUGGGAUCAUAGCAGGCUCCAAGGCUAUGGACUACUCCAAUGGGCUAUUUGACUGCCAGUCGCCCACUUCACCCUUUCUGGGUGGCCUGCGGGCACUCCACCUACUGGAAGACCUUCGUGGAGCUCUGGAGCUGAUGGACAACGAAGAGAGGGACAACCUGCGAUGCCAAAUCCCAGACUCCACAGCAGAAGGACUGGCAGAGUGGCUUCAGGGACGAAUGACCAAUGGCCAUGGCUCAUCUGGUGCAGAUGCGGUCUACCAAGAACGUCUUUCACGACUGGAGAGUGACAAGGAGUGCCUUAUUCUUCAGGUUAGUGUUUUAACAGACCAGGUGGAGGUGCAAGGUGAAAAGAUUCGGGACCUGGACACAUGUCUUGAGGAACAUCGGGAGAAACUAAAUGCUACUGAGGAGCUGCUUCAACAGGAGCUGUUGAACAGGACAGCCUUGGAGACCCAGAAGCUGGAGCUGAUGACUGAGGUGUCAAGUCUGAAGCUGAAGUUGACUGCUGUGGAAAGAGAUCACAGGGACACUGAGGGCCUGUAUCAGGAAGUAACGGACCUGCGGUUCAGGGUGACUGAUAUAGAGAAUGAAAGAUUGCUGUGUGAGAAGAAACUCAAAGCUACCAAAGAGGAACUGCAGCUUCUGCAGAAGCAGCUAGAGGAGAGGGAAGUAGAGCUGAGGACACUGAACGAUGACGCCAGACUCAGGGUGGAGAACCACACCAGAGCCGACGGAGGAGAGAGAGAUACAGAAAUGGUGAAGAUGAAGAGGGCGUUGGAGUCACUGAUGUUGGCGAAUAAUGAGAAGGAACAAAGAAUAGAGGAGCUGCAAGAGUCUCUUACCAAGUACAAGAAAGUGCAGGAGCGGGUGAAAGAGAAGCUGAACGAAGAUGACUAUGAUGAUAUCCCAGAUGAUCCUUCGGUUCCUGUUGCCAUGGAGGUGGAUCAGGUCACCCUGGCGUUGGAGGGGGAGACAGGAAGGAUCUCUGGCGAAUCUAUUCCAUGUAUAGCAGUGCUCUCAGAAAUGAAUGAACUGGACCGGGAAAGACAGUUACAGGCACAUGCGGCAGAAAGUUUGUCAGAUGUCUCACACCCAGCGGGCUCAGGCCACAUAACAAGCAGCGCUGACCAGACCAACAAUAAAGCAGGAACCAGUUCUUCCUCCCUUACUAAAGCAAGCACGACUGGUGAUGAGAGCUUUGGUACCAAAAAGGCCCGCUCUUCCUUUGGUCGUGGCUUCUUCAAGAUCCGUGGAAGCAAGCGAACAUCUAGUGCUCCAAACCUGGCUGAGACAGAACGUAAAGGCACAGAACACUUGGACUUGGCCGGUGUUCCUCCACAUAAAUCCAACAAUGAAGCUCCCCUCCCGUCCUCACCAGAAACCAAGAAGAAGUCCAAAGGCUUCAAGAAAUUCUUUGGCAGGCUAAAGAGGAGUCACUCUACCUCCUUCAACCUUGAUGAGCCAUCAGAAAUGGAGUUCAGGAGGGGAGGAGUCAGAGCCACCGCUGGCCCUCGCCUCGGCUGGUCACGGGACUUAAAACAUGGUGCCAGCUCUAUUGAUGUUCCCUUCUCUCGAUGGAGUAAGGAUCAGGUUUGUGCGUGGCUGCAGGAGCAGGGCCUUGGCUUGUAUGUUGCCCAAGGCCAGAAUUGGAUCCAGUCAGGACAAACACUUCUGCAGGCUUCACACCAUGAUCUGGAAAAGGAGUUGGGUAUUAAGCACCCUCUCCACAGGAAGAAGCUGCAGCUGGCCUUGCAAGCUCUUGGGUUGAAGGAGGAGGACGACCUCAAAGGCAAACUGGACCACAACUGGGUGACCAGAUGGCUGGAUGACAUUGGCCUACCACAGUACAAGAGUCAGUUUGACGAUGGCCGCGUUGAUGGUCGUAUGCUACACUGCAUGACAGUGGAUGACCUGCUGUCUCUGAAGGUGGGCAGCGUCCUCCAUCACCUCAGCAUCAAGAGGGCCAUCCAGGUCCUGCGGCUCAACUCCUACGACCCCAACUGUCUCAGACGACGGCCCUCUGAUGAGAACAACAUCACACCGGCAGAAAUCUCCCAGUGGACCAACCACAGAGUGAUGGAGUGGCUCCGGUCUGUGGAUCUGGCAGAGUACGCCCCCAACCUGAGGGGCAGUGGUGUACAUGGAGGACUGAUGGUGUUGGAGCCCCGCUUCAAUGUGGAAAGUCUUGCCCUUCUGCUCAAUAUUCCUCCCAACAAAACCCUGCUGAGACGCCACCUGGCAACACAUUUCCACCUGCUCAUCGGCUCAGAGGCACAGCGGCUCAAACAGGAGUGUCUGGAAAACCCAGACUACACCGUCCUCACUGCUACUGCCAAGGUCAAGCCUAGAAGGCUCUCUUUCGGCGGCUUUGGCACUCUGAGGAGGAAGCGGCAGGAAGACAGUGAAGAAUAUGUCUGCCCCAUGAAUGUGGAAAUGCCCAAGAGCAGCAGCUUCCAGAAGGGCUACAGGAUCUACGAGGACAGCCUCGACCAGCUGGAACAGAUGGAAGACUCAGAAGGGACUGUUCGACAGAUAGGAGCAUUUUCUGAGGGUAUCAAGAAUCUGACGAGCAUGCUGACUGAUGAUGAGUUUUUCUCGGAGAUCUCCUACUGCCCUCCAGAGGUCGACGUGGCAGAUGACAACUCUAAUGUGUGAGAGACGUUGAGCCCCGAGUCGCCCCGCUCGUCCAGCACCAUGAAAAAGAAUAAACUGUGCCAUCAUCGUCCCUUAACCCUGCCAUCUCCCACCAAGCCUUACAGAACCUUCUAGACCGUAGGCUGUGUCCAUGUAUAUUUAUUGAAGCUGACAGAAUUGUACUGCAUGAACUGAAAAUGCAACAUGUAUUGCAUUCAUGUACCUCUAAGCAUUUAUUAUUAGAACAUCUAUGUUUUGUUUUCAGUAAUCACAACAUACUGCAAGUACUUUUGUUUUGUCCCAGUUUGUGACUUAUUAUAAAGCCCCCCCCCUCCACAUCAGUGUUCCUCAGUAGUUGUACUGAGCUAGAGGUUUUAAUGUCCUCCAGUCACAUGAAAUGAUAUUAGUGGUACUUGCCCUACAUUGUCUUUAGAAAUACCAUGACUGAAAGUAAAUGAGAAGCCAAAGCUUAUCUUCUCAUAAGUGAUUUUCCAUCGCCUGUAGGUAUUGUUAUACAAGCCUUUGCCUUAUCAGCUAAGUUUUUAUUCUGUUGUUUUUUAAUUUUUGGUAAUAAAAUUAGUAAAUGCA